AUGGUUUUUUAUGUUCUCUUUUCAGACUCUGUCAUUACCAGUCAACUAAAAGAGGCAGAUCGGGUGAUGUUUGACACCUUAUCUCAAGUUACAUACCUUAACGAGACUUUAGAUCGGGUGACGUUUGACGCUUUAGCUCAAAUUACAAACCUUAACGAGACUUUGGGGGAAUAUUCAUUCAACCAAGAAGCAAGAAUCAAGUCAAUUUCUAAGGAUUUAGAACAAAGCUGCCGACGCUGCCCCUCCGGCUGGAGAAUGGUGAAUUCCUUUUGUUACUAUUUUUCCACCGACGAGCAGACCUGGGAGGAGGCUAAAAACAGCUGCGCCAGGGCAAACGCUUUGCUUGUUAUUGAAGAAAAUGCUAUGGACAUGAGAGGUCUGAUGCCAUUUACUGAUUGGAGGGUACACUGGAUAGGACUGUCUCGUGCAGCUUCAGGCGUAAAUAAGUGGAAAUGGAUCAACGGUGUAGAUCUCACCUAUACUUAUUGGAUACAAGGAGAACCCAAUAAUGCUCAAAAUAAAGAGAACUGUGUGGAGAUCCGCAAGGAGCGCUGGAAUGACAAUGUGUGUAAUGUAAAGAAUCGCUAUGUCUGCAAAAUUUCCCAGCAAUAUUGUUAGGAGCUCCCCGCCGUGGCGCCGUACCCUUAAAUAAUAAAGCUACAUGGAUUUAGUAAUG